CUCUAACAUUUGGGCGGGAGAGAGAUGGAAAUGUCUUCUUCUUCUCCACAGAACCCUAACCCUAGAAAAUGGCGUUUCACUUGGGAAACCCUGACGCACAUCCCAACCCUUCGUCUCUUCCUCUUCAAUCCCUAUCUCAACCCGUCAACCCAAUGCAAGAACUUCAGUUCUUCUCUCGAUUUCGAGCAAUCGCUGCUCUUCGUCGCUUGGAUCGAAGAAAUCGACGGAGAUGGUCACGGCUCCAUUGAUUUUCUACUCAGGGUCCCUGUUCCUAGGGUUCUGAUCGAUCCAGCUUCUCCCGUCGAUUCCAGUGCGAACGAGGAUCAUAUCGAGGUCAAGCUGGCCCUUCUUCUCCCGGUCGAUCAUCCGCUCGUUGCUGCGGGUUUCGAGUCAAUAUUGGAUUUGGGUGAAGACGAGGGUUUUGGAAGGCAGAGGUGUAUUUCCGAUCGGUUGCUGCCGCUUUCUUUAGAUUCUGAUUUAAAGAGUCUUUCUUCUGGACAAGGGGUGCAAUUUUAUUGCAGAGUUUGUUCAACAAAAUUAACAAGGAAACCUCUCAGAUCUUUUGUAGAAAUGCCAUCAGUGAACUGGCGUGAGGUGGCUGAUAAUUGGUUUGGGGCAUGCUGCUGCUCAUUUGGAGGUAUAAGUGAGAAAUUGGUAUUGGAUUAUGUUAAUUCUUAUAUUUGUGCAGAGGGUGCAUGUCUGCUAGAUGGCACAUCUGUUAUUAUUUGCAAGGAUGACCUUGCAGAAUGCGAAUUUCGAGACUUCUCUGAUGGAAACUCAAGACAUGAUUCCGAACUCAAUCUUGUUGGCAAAGAUGAUUUAACUGAUACUGUCAUAGAUUCUGGGAGUAAAGGAAGAGGAGGCGUAUGUUGUGUGAAUGGACACGAGGGAAUUGCUGAUGUUUCUGGUACAUUGAGUAGUUCAUGUCAUAAAGAGGAAAGAUCAAGAUCGCAGAAUUCUUCAUUUUUCAUGCCCUUUUCAAGUCCUAAUCACUCUGAAAAGGUGGCACAAGGAACAAUUCACUGCUUCAUGGAAAAUAAGACAUGUUGUGUGAAUGAUGCAAAUUUCUUGGAGUAUGAGUCAAAGCUUACUUCUGGUGACGGUGAGAAAUCCUGUCCAAGCUCACCCACCAAUGGACUCUCCACGAAGGACUGUUACUGUGUUGCUGAAAUAAAUUCUGCAUUAAAUCAUGCUGAUGAAAGAUAUUCUCAUGGUGUUUCCAUUUUGUCUACGGAAAGUACCAAGCUCUGGGCAAAUCAGAAGCAGCUCCAAAUCGGUGCUAUUGGGAGUGGCUUUAUGGUUAGAAGUGCCAAUCUUUCAAAUGAUAUAAAGUGGGUUGAAUUUCAGUGCUGCCAGUGCUCGUCUCUCCUUGGAUCAUAUCCCUCUGUUAAAGAUGGUCACACCCCAAUCGAUGGUGGCGUUCGGUUGUUCAAGUGCUGCAUUUCCACUAGCUUGCCUGUUGGUGGGCCGGGUGACAUAUUCAGGAAACAUACAUUGCAAAGGGUGUUUGUGAAUCAGCUGCUGGAAAGUGCUGCUGAUGAAUUAUCAUUCCGAACAGUGGUUAGGGAUCUGAGAACCAAGAGCCCGAUGCUGCAAAUUGUUGUUCUGAAUUCAAAAGCCUGGUCCUGCACUGGCUAUUGCUUGGAUACCGAAAAUGGAACCGGACCUGGUUCUAAGAUAGAUCUUCACCCUGUCGUGAAAGUGGUGUUUUCUGACUGUAGUAAUGCCACAGAAGCUGAAUCAAGGAAAAUAGCGGAAUGGGCAACCAAGAAUCAUGCUGAUGAGGCAUACAUGAUGCAAUGUCAAAUAAAGGAAUUGAUCGAGUCCCUGAAAUCAGCACAGGAAGGAUUGCCUCGAUCGUGUUCUUUUAUGCAAGGAUUACUGUUGUCAUCCAUGGAUAGGUAAUAGAAAAUUAGAAAUCCAUUGACCAUAUAUGAGAAAUGGCAA